AUGGCUCACUCUACCUCUCUCAGCGAUCAAUCAACCCAAGCCGAAAAACCAAAAGACCUCGACGCAGCCCCCGACAUCGAAAAGCAAGAUGCAAACCAACCGUCUGGAAACCCAGGACCACCAGGAGGCCCACCAGGUAACCAAUAUGCCCCCCAAACUCUCAAGUUCUGGGUGAUAAUGGCCUGCAAUUUCCUAUCCCUCUUCAUCGUUGCCCUUGACCGAACAAUCGUCACAACAGCAAUCCCCAAAAUCACGGACGACUUCAACAGUCUCGGUGACAUCGGCUGGUACGGCUCAGCAUACAUGCUCACAGGCGCAACCUCACAACUUAUUUUUGGUCGUAUUUACAAGUUCUAUAAUAUGAAAUGGGUCUUUUUGACUACCAUGAUCAUUUUUGAAGUUGGGUCUGUUGUUUGUGGCGCCGCUCCGUCUUCGAAUGCGUUCAUUGCUGGAAGGGCUAUUGCUGGUUUUGCAUCUGCUGGACUUUUCUCUGGAUGCAUGCUUAUUAUCAUCCCUUUGGUUCCGCUUCAUAAGAGGCCUAUGUUUCAGGCUAUGUUUGGGGCUGUUUUUGGUCUUGCUUCUGUGAUGGGACCGCUUAUUGGGGGUGGGUUUACUAGUGGCAUUACUUGGAGAUGGUGCUUUUAUAUCAAUCUUCCUAUCGGUGCAGCUACGUGGAUCUUCAUGGCCUUGGUUUGGCAUCCGGUUAAAGUGCGUCGCGAGUCUGUUCCGGUUAAAACGCAUAUCAAGCGUCUCGAUCCACUCGGCGCCUUUUUCUUGGUUCCGGGAAUUGUGUGCCUCCUGUUAGCGUUCCAAUGGGGCGGCUCAACAUAUGCAUGGAACGAUGGGCGCAUCAUCGCUCUGUUCGUUCUCUUUGGAGUUCUGAUAAUGGCCUUCGCUUCUGUUCAGGUUCUCAUGCCCGAGACAGCGACAAUCCCCGCUAGAAUCAUUACCCAAAGGAGCAUUCUCGCAUCUGCUAUCUUCACGUUCUGUGGUGUCGGCUCCAUGAUGAUGGUGAUUUACUACGUACCAAUUUGGUUUCAAACCGUCAAACUAGUCGAUCCCGUUAAAUCAGGAAUCAACACUCUCCCCCUUGUCCUAAGUCUAGUCGUCGCAGGCUUCGUUGGCGGCGGCAUCACCAAAAAGUCGGGCUAUUACGUUCCGGUAAUGAUACUCUGUCCAUGCAUCUUGUCCAUCGGCCUAGGUCUCCUAUCAACCUUAAAGCUAGACACCGACUCCUCCCACUGGAUCGCCUACCAAUUCCUAUGCGGCUUCGGUGUUGGCAUCGGAAUGCAGACUGGAGGACUAGCCGUACAACGCAUUCUCCCAAUGUCCGAUGUCCCAGUCGGAAUUGCACUCCUGUUCUUCAUGCAGCAACUCGGCGGCUGUAUCUUCACUACUGUGGGCCAGACUAUUCUGAGCAACAUUCUGAUCUCAAAACUCACUGGUAUCCCGGGUAUUGAUCCCAAUUUGAUUCUUAGCGAGGGUGCAACGAAGUUGGUUUCUAUUGUUGCGCCAGAGAAUAUUGUUGUUGUUCAACGGGCUUAUAAUGCGGCUUGUACGAAGAUUUUCCUGGCUUCUAUGGGGUUAACUUUUGGGGCGUUGGUUAGUGCCCUUGGUGUGGAGUGGAAGAGUAUUAAGGAGGGAAAGAAUGGUCAGGAUGGACCUGGUGGACCUGGUGCGGGUGAACCUGGUGGGAAAAAAGAUAAAGAUAUGGAGAUGACUAAGGUCUCGGAGCAGAAUGGUUCCUAG